UUGUUCUCCGGCACCUCCGGGGGACACUAACCUUAAAAUUCAGAAAACAAACAGUUUCUGACGAAUAUUGUUUUCCUCAAUGUCAGCGAAGAAUCUGUAUCAAAGUUGGCUUCCUCUUAAUUAAUAUAAAUAACGACGCUUUCGCUCAACAUGAGUUUCAACUUUAAUCAGCAACAAGUCCCUGCAGGAGCUAAUUCUUUAGGAGUCAGACCUGCUGCUCCAGCCUUUGGGGCUCCAACAGCUGCUCCAGCCUUUGGAGCUCCUACAGCUGCUCCCUCGUUUGGGGCUGCAACAGCAGCUCCUUCAUUUGGAGCUCCCACAUCUGCUCCGUCGUUUGGGGCUCCAACAGCUGCUCCAGCCUUUGGAGCUCCCACAGCUGCUCCCUCGUUUGGAGCUGCAACAGCUGCUCCUUCAUUUGGAGCUGCAACAGCUACCCCUUCGUUUGGGGCUGCAUCAGCAGCUCCAACGUUUGGAGCUGCAACUGCCGCCCCCUCGUUUGGGGCUGCUACUGCAGCUCCUGCAUUUGGGACUGCAACAGCCACAUCUGCAGCCCCUGCGUCAACGGCCCCUUCAGCAUUUGGGCAGAGCUUUGGGACCCCAGCAUCCUCAGCAGUAUCAGUGGGCGUUGUAGCUCCACAGCCACAGUUGUCUCUAUUUGCAACCCCUUCUGCUGCACCAAAACCAACAGCAGGAUUAACCACUCAACCAGCCACUAGCAAUUCACUCUUCGCUGCUCCUCAGGCCACACCUGGACUUUUUGGUGCCCCCUCAUCUGCACCAUCUGCAUCGUCUGCCGGCCUCUUCUCUGGACUUACUACAGCUAAACCUACCGGUCAGUUCGGAACAACGGCUGCCCCAACCUCCCUCAGCUUUGGUACAACUUCGUUAGCACAGACAUCCACUGCCACCUCAGGUUUUGGUUUAGGAGGGUCCACAGCUGCAGCCCCUGCCCCAUCCGUUGGUUUGGGUGGAGUAGCUUCCACAUCCUCAAGUGGGCUGACAAGUUUGUCGGGAUUGGCGGGAGCUCAAACUACUAGAACAGAAGCCAAAUCCCCUAAAGAAACACCUAUACCAGAUGAUAUUGCUAGAGGAGUUGAAACAUUUAGGCAAUAUGUGAAAAAGCAAAAGAGUUUCAGCUCAGAGAUUGCAAGGUGCUCAUCCAAGCCAUUGCUCAAAGUACAGGAGGAUACAGAUGCAAUGAAGCUUGUGUUGACAAGUAACACUGCUGGUCUUCAGCGAUUAAAAUCUAUAGCUGAUAAACUAAAAGCUGACACCGCAAAGGCUCUUCAGCACACUGAAAUGGCUCAGCGUACCCAUGACACCCCAGCGGGCCUUCAGUACGAUAACACAGCCCCCCUUCAAUAUUUUGCUGAACUUGUUUCUGGUUUCGAGAGAGACAUCAAACUAUUUCGCCAAGAAAUUGAAAAUGCCGAGAGGCAUGUUCAUUCAAGAGUACAACUUACAGGAAUCACACCUGCUGAGUUAACACAAUCCAUGCGAAGGCUCUAUGACAGCUUUGUCGCCUUGGCGGGCCGUCUCCAUUCAGUUCAUUCUCAAGUUAAGGCUCAGAAAGAACAGUAUUUAUCACUUCGGAAAUAUAUUCUAAAUGAUGCAUCAGAUGUUUUUGAUGAAUCUGCUCGAAAUCGAGUAAAUGCAAUUUCAACUUUAACUGGUGCAAAUAGUGGGCAGCCUUCAAAAUCUAUGGUGGGACCGACUCCUUUCUCAGCUCUGAAUUCACAACAUGGCUUCGGACUCCUAACUGCAGGAGUUGCAGCUUCCUCAAGGCAAAACUUCCCCGGAGUGGGUCCUUUAGGAUGGAGCAGUCCAGGAAACACAGCAGGCAGCACAACCAUUCCUUUAACUCCCCAUCCUGAUAACUCUCAAUUUCAACUGCAGAAACCGCCAUCAGGAAAUAAACGUGGCAAACGCUGACUUCGGUGAUUACAGAGAUAUGUUGCUUAUUGAUUUAGCAAUGGCAUAAUUAUUGUGACUGUUUAAAUUUACUGUUUAUGGCAUCUGUCAUCUAUCUCCAUCACGAACCGUAUUAAUUCAACUAGGAAUAAACAUUCUGAAUUUUA